AGUCGUCAAAACCAAUCUCAAAAAGUAUAAGAGGCAGAGGCAGAGGCAGAGGCAGAGAGAAAUGAGAAAUGAAGUGGGACUACUGUUAAGACUUCCCUCUCUUUCUUCCAUGGAUCAUAGGCUUCCUAAAUUGACCAGGAAAACCAUCAGGGUAGAAAUGGUUUCGGAGUCAAAGCAACAGCAUGGAGUUGAUAGGAUUAGUGAAUUGCCUGAUGGAGUUCUUUGUCACAUACUAUCAUUUCUUCCGACAAUAGAUGUUGUGCGGACCACCAUUUUGUCAGCAAGAUGGAAGAACAUAUGGACUUCUGUUUGCAAUCUAGACUUCUCCGACCAAGAUUUUCCUCCAACUUGGAUCUCUCUGAUCGUUUUGUGACAUUUGUUGAUCGCGCACUUUCCUUGCGCUCCUCGUCAGACAUACAGAAAUUUCGAAUAAAGCAAUGCAGGGUUUCGUAUUUCAGUGAUGAGGAUUUCUCUCAUUUUGAAGGCUGGAUUUGCACUGCGAUCAGGCAUAAUGUUGUUGACCUGAAUCUUUUUGUUGGUGUUGAAGAUUACUUGGAACUUAAACACAAAAUGCCUCAAAGCCUUUUCCUGAGCAAUACUCUGGUGAGUUUGAAGCUGUUUGAAAGUUGUUUUAGCUAUGUUCUUCCUACGACAGGGUGUUUCCCAAGUCUCAAGUUCCUAUCUGCUGCGUUUGUUUUUCCUGAUACUCAAUCGAUGGAAAAUCUCUUUUCUCAUUGCCCUGUACUUGAAGAUUUGACUAUAUUGGCAUCCCUUGGAGAUCAGGACAAUUUGAGUGUCAAUAUAUUUACACCUGAAUUGAAGAAAUUAUCAAUAAAUUUGCACACUUAUUCGAUUGAGGGCAAAGAUCGUCUGUCCAGUUGCAUUAUUAAUGCCCCAAAGCUGGAAACCCUUUAUCUCAAGAUGGAUGGUUUGACAUAUUACUUUCUGGAGAAGGCACAUUUUCUAGCCCAGGCCAGACUUGAGUUCAAUGACAGAUGUAAAGAUAACCCUGCUUUUGCUGACCAUGCAAUCAAGUUAUUGGGAGGAAUUUCCAGUGUUCAAGAGCUGUUGCUUUCAGUUUAUUCUUUGGAGGUAUUUAUGGCCUAGCUUCUUUUCGGUCAUCAAAACUAAUUUGUUCCAUUCACUUUUUAGUAGACAGGAGUGAGGCAUGCAUGGAGUAAAAUUGAAGAAAUGUAAGAAAUCAAAUGGCAAUGAGGUUUUGGCUUGUAAAUGAAAGUAUAAAGAAAUAAAGAGUUUGAUUUUAAAGAAGAUUCUCAUACAUCUCCACUGUCCCUCUAUUAUCCAUUUAUUUACCUUAGUUUUUGUUCUCAUCAUUAUUUCGUUGUAAUUUACAUGGUAGUUGUGAGCUUUUUUUUUUCUUUUCCCUCUAUCCCCCUACUUAUAUUUUCAUUCUUGCAGUCGACGAUUGGUAAGAGUUUUUUCUGCAUAAACCACUAUAAAUUUUUCAUGAAUUUUUGUUUGAUCCAUGUUUUAUUUCUAAUGACGGUUUGUUCUCUGCGUAAUUUUAAUAAUUUGACCACAUUGGAGCUGGCUCUUCAAGAAUCUCAGUACUGGGAAUUGCUGAUAGAAAUGCUGAAGAGAUCACCUAAUUUGGAAUGUCUUGAGUUAUGCUAUGAUGUGAGUUGUAUUUUCAGUUAUGUACAUAUGCAAAUUUGCUAUUCUUACUGUACCCCAUAUGUUUCUCAUUAUUUUUUUUAUAACAAUUGUCAGGGUGUUACAUGUCAGGGUUUCUCAUUAUGUUGUUGAUGAACUUCUAUAUACCUCUUUUAAUCUCUA